ACCUCGACGACCUCGACAACCCCGACGACUCGACUAUCCCGCCAGCGCACGAUACAAUGGGUGGACUUCUUAUUCUCGCUGAAACCAGUGCCGGUGUUGCCGUCUUCAAGGCAAAGGACAAGAUCCUCAAGAAGCCCGAGAACCUUGCCGAGGAGUUCCAGACCGCUGAGGGUGCUGCCAACUUGUUGAAGCUCCAGGCUUUCUCCAAGUUCGAGUCUACUGCCGAUGCUCUCGACACCGUCAACGCCUUGAUCGAGGGUAAGGUCUCCUCCAAGCUCCAGAACAUCCUCGAGGACAUCUCCGACAAGAAGUCUUCCCUCGUUGUCGCCGACCCCAAACUCGGUAACGCCAUCAACAAGAUCGCCGGCCUCGACUUCAAGAUCAUCUCCGACUCCACCGUCGCCCCUCUCUACCGUGGUAUCCGCGAGCACCUUUCUUCCCUCAUUACCGGUCUUACCCCCGAUGACUUGAAGAUCAUGUCCCUCGGUCUCUCCCACUCUCUUUCCCGUCACAAGCUUAAGUUCUCUACCGACAAGGUCGACACUAUGAUCGUCCAGGCUAUCGCUUUGUUGGAUGAUCUCGACAAGGAGCUCAACACCUACGCUAUGCGUGUCAAGGAGUGGUACGGAUGGCAUUUCCCCGAGAUGGGCAAGAUCUUGUCCGACAACCUCGCCUACGCUCGUGUCGUCAAGACCAUGGGUUUCCGCACCAACGCCUCUACCACCGACCUUUCCACCGUCCUUCCCGAAGAGCUCGAGGAGGCUGUCAAGCAGGCCGCUGAGAUCUCCAUGGGUACCGAGAUCACCGACGACGAUUUGGAGAACAUCAACCUCCUCGUCGACCAAGUCCUUUCUCUCUCCGCCUACCGUGCGCAGUUGUCCGACUACCUCCGUAACCGUAUGCAGGCCAUCGCUCCCAACCUUACCGCCCUUGUCGGAGAGUUGGUUGGUGCACGGUUGAUCGCCCACGCUGGUUCCCUCAUCAACCUCGCCAAGCAGCCCGCUUCCACUAUCCAGAUUUUGGGUGCCGAGAAGGCCUUGUUCCGUGCUUUGAAGACCAAGCACGACACACCCAAGUACGGUCUCAUCUACCACGCCUCCCUCAUCGGACAGGCUGGUGUCAAGUCCAAGGGUAAGAUCGCGCGUAUGCUCGCUACCAAGGCCGCUCUCUCCCUCCGUGUUGACGCGCUUGGCGACGAGAAGAACGACACUGGCGCCCUUGGUUUGGAGUCGAGAUUGAAGGUCGAGAACCGCCUGAGACAAUUGGAGGGUGGUAAGCCCAUCUCCUCCGGAAACGCGAACCAGACCCCCGUCGGAACGCAAUCGACGAAGAAGUUUGAGUUGAACGGUGCUUCUGGGUACAAUGCUGACGCCGAUAUGGCCGACGCACCUGUGGUCAAGUCUGCUGCUGACAAGGUUGGCUCUAAGCGUUCAAGACAGGAUGAAUCUGAUGCUGAGGAUGAGGUUAUGGCUGAGGUUGAGGAGUCUGGUGCUGUUGAGUCUAAGAAGGAGAAGAAGGACAAGAAGGAGAAGAAGGAUAAGUCUUCCAAGAAGCGCAAGUUGGAGUCUGAGGAGGCGGAGGAGGAGCCCAAGUCCAAGAAGGACAAGAAGGACAAGAAGGAGAAGAAAGAGAAGAAGGAGAAGAAAGAGAAGAAGUCCAAGAACAAGGAUUAA